CGACUCGGCGGGGGAGAGAGUGAGAAGGAGUUAGCAGCGGAGUGGAGCGGAGAGCCAAGUCGCGGAGGACCCGCGCGGAGUCGGGCGGCGAGUAUCGUCGUGUCGUUCUCGGCGAGAGCAGCGUUCCCGUCAACGGUUAUCCUACCUCGCGCUCCGCACUCCGGGUUCGGCACGCGGGAGAGGAGUAUCGUCGGCGGCUCGCCCUGUACGCGCCACGAGCUACUACUCGCGUACCACGAGUUCGCGAUCGAGGGAGGCCGCGGCGGCGGAGAUGCCGGAUGCGCUUUGAACGCGCGUACACCGUGGUCGUCGCUGUCCUCGCCGCCGCAACCGCAACCGCAGCAGCAGCAGCAGCAGCCGCCGCCGCCGCCGCCGCUUCCUGAGGCACGUCGUCCCCGAAAGAGAGAGAGAGAGAGGGAGAGAGGGAGAUCCCCGGACGCGAAUGCGCGCUGCUCCCCGCGGCGCCGUCCUCGCGCGAGUCUCUCUUUCACCCGGAGGCGCCGCUAUGCUGACGCCGCAGCAUCCAACUGAGGAGACAAUAGCUCGGAAAUGGGGCUGAGACGACGGCGCGACAGGCCGAGCGGGACGUUCACCAGGCAAUCAGCUUAGAUCCCGUGAAGAAGAUGACGACUGCCAUGGCCCGGCUGCCCUGCAAGCAAUCGUCCUCGCCCUCGCAGCAGACGCGAGUGAACAAUUUCGGUAACAGCCGGAACCCGUACUGGGACAUGCAGCAGGCCAGGCAUCCCGCGCCGCCGUACGUCAGAAAUCAUCAUCGACACAUCGACUAUACAGGGAAGCGGAAGAGCGCCGUGGAGCUACUGCAGGAGACGAAAGCCUUCUACGUGAAGAGCGAGACCGUGCUGGACCGGAAGCAGGAGCUGAAGAACAGCGGCCACUUGCAGGUCUCGCAGCUAAGCGCGCCCGGCGCACCGCCCCCGAGAUUGCUGCGGAAAUGCACCGGCAACUCGUCCGCCUGCCCCAUGCAGCCGACGUCGCCGUCGCAGCUGCAACCGACUCCCAUGACGCCGCCCUGCUGCUGGGUCUCGUGUCACGAGCAGGACAGACUAGACGGGAUUCUGAGCCCUCAACAAACACUGCCACCCGCGCUGCCACCGAAGAGUCCGCGUUUGGUGCCGGCUCCCCAAAGACGGACGAUUUCGGGGCCCCCGAGCGGUACCGGGGGCGAGCUGCAAACAAAGCUGCGUCGUCUGCUGAACACCGAUAGCAAGGAGAACAUGUUCUUUCCGGACAGCCCGCCACAGAGUACGGCGCAGAGCAACGGGAUGCCGACGCGGGAGGAGAAAUUUCGAUACUCCCCCGGAAGUCUCUCGCCCGGCUGCCGGGACGAGGAUCGUGUUCUGCACUGCGCGCCGCAAGACGUUCGCUUCAAGUUCGGCAGAAGCAACUCGCACUCGCACACUUCCGGUAGAUCCGGUCGGAAGUCGAACAGCUCCCCGUCGGUGGAAAACACAAUAUGCCACAAGUCGUUACCGGAUCUCCACACGAGCACGCGUCGCCGGGCGUCACUCUCGCCGCGUACGUCCACGAAAUUACCUGCGAAGCCGUCUGCUCAUCACCAAGUUACGAACACGAGCAACUGCCCGGACUAUGAGACUAGUUCGGACUAUUCGGACCACAGUUUCAAGCGCGACGCCGUCUGUUAUCGCAGUUCUCGUCAUAUCAGGCGAUCUUUGGGAUCCGGUGGUGGCGAUGCGAGCAGCGUGUUAUCCUCGGGCGGACGAACGCAAAAGUCGUCGGGUUCCAGCAAGCUGAGCCACGGUGCGACAGCCAGAGAUUCCGGCGGUUCCUCUGGGCACUGCACUCAUCGUAGCGAACCAGCACCCAGGAUACAGGAUUGCUGGGCCCAUAUACGCAGAGACAGUGGCGCGUCCACGCAACAUUCUACCGAGAAGGACCGAUCGAGGAAGGGCAGCUACGUCGGCGGGACACCGCCGUCCGUUGUGAGACACUACAGUCCGGAUUCUGAAAGCAGCAAUAGUCAAACGGACUACAGCCCGACCUGUAACUCAAGGUUCUCCGACGGUUGGAAGGAAGGUCGCGGUCGACCGAUCCUACGAUCAAAAUCAGACAUCAGCGAUCGCUACUGGCGCCAGGAUAACGGCCGUUCCAGCAAAGUAUCCUCCCGCCCGCCGCGAUCGAUGACUCAGCUCGAGAACUUCUUCGACCGUUUAGGGCUGGACUCGGAUAACUAUCAGCGUAUAACGGAACCUAAUUCCAAGUCGUCGUCGCCCGUAUUCUUCGACAGCGUCAGCUCCGUGGAUUCGGCGUUGGGUCUGUACUCCUGGGUCGGCACUAAUCAGACGAACCAGGGUAGCCAGUGGCAAAACAACUGCAGCAUCGGCAUGGGUAACGACGAGUGUAACCAAAGGGUAAACGAUCCGCCGAGUAUCGUCGAGCGAAACGCACGUAUUAUCAAAUGGCUUUGCCAAUGCCGCAAAGUGCAGUUAGGAUACAGUUAAACAACGAGUUUCUCAGCUAAAUCCUACAUUUCCAAUGACAGUACAUUCAAAUCAACGAUGCGGUAGCGUUUGCCAUUCCGCAAACGGUAUGUCAGACGCUCCGCGGGAAUCCCGAAUUCAUAUGUUUCUCAUAAAUGUGGAAUUGAUUGUCGCCUUUCCUCUUCCUUUUUACAGCUGUAAUAUUUAAUCAGUUGAGGAUUUUUAUUGAUCCUUAUUAACUGUUUGUACGAUUAGUAUCGUUUUAAUUUAUUACAAUAACAAUAGACAAAUCUGUGCCAUCUUAUAAUCACCUUGUUACAGUUCUAUACGGUUCUGUGCCUUUUAUUGUCGUUACGCAUUCAGGGUAAAGAAGAUAAGUCUUUAUAAACUGUGAGAUAUCGCGUUAAUUUGUAUAUUAAAAUUAUAUAGACAAUUUUGACGUCUAAUAUUUUUGAAGGCACACACAUUAAAAUUUGCUUACGUUUAAUUAUUCUCGGACAAAUCUGUUAUUAUAUUUUGAUAUCAUUAAUUUUGUAAUAAGUCUAUGAUAUGUUGCGCGAAUAUUUUUCCUAUUUAGCAAAGCAAUACUAGAUUAUUACGAGACAUUAGCAAAGUCGUACGUAAGGAACGUGAAAUUUAUUACAUUUUGAUGUAAAGUUGUAUAAAUUUAGCGAUGCGUGUUUCUCGUUUUCAAUCUUGAGAAUGAUUAGUUGAUUUGUAGUGAGAAAGUACUCA